UUCCUAAUUAUUCACAACAGUAGCUUUUCAGGAAGUUAACUAACAAGUUAGUGGUAACACAAACUAGUAAAAAAAUAGCAAAUUAAAAAUUAAAGUUAGAAAAAAAAAGAACAAAAUAUGUCAUCUAAAUAUGAAAUGUGUGAAAUCUCAGAGAAUAACGGUAAAAAUGGCAAACCAGUGUGGAUUGUUGUUAAAGGUGUUGUUUAUGAUGUCACAAAGUUUUUAAAAGAUCAUCCUGGUGGUGAUGAAUUAAUUUUGGAAUAUGCUGGCAAGGACGCAACCAGAGCAUUUAAUGAUGCUGGACAUUCUAUAGAUGCUAUACAGGAUAUGAAAAUGUAUAAAAUUGGUGUAGUAGAUAAUCAGUGCUCUCAACAAUGUGUUAUUUCAACACUUUCCACAACUGAAUCUAAAAAAUUGUCCUCCGAAGCCACAAACGAACAGCAACAGUGUUGUCGAAAGGAAAAGAAACGUGUGAAAUUAUUCUUUUGUUUUUGAAAACAUAGAAAAUAAGUUUUUAACUAUAGUUAAUUUAGGACUUAGGAAAUUUUAACUAAAAAAAGAUGGAUUUUUUUUAUUAAAUUUUCAAAUUUAUAUUUAACGACAUAAAAAAA